UAGCUUCUCAUCAUCUCCUUUAUCUAUUUUGUGUAAAACUAAUUUUGAAGUGUGUAAGUCAAGUUACAACUCAGCUCGAGUAAAUAAUGGCGCCAUUCAGUUGAUUAAAUUUGAAAAUGUUUCCAUAUUCUUGAAAAGAAUAUUUACAAAAAUGUGUGAUAAUGAAAGCACUGUUCGCUUAUCAUGGCAGCUAGUAUCGCAAUUUGUGAGCUGGGAAUUUUGUCGGUACAUAAGUGAACAAAAUGAAAAUCAAGGGUCUGAAGUAGAUGUUUUGACAUACUUACGAAAUAUGAUUGUAGAAAAAACGGAUAAGUCAGUACUAGAUAUCACAAAACAUGAAAUAAUUGCAAAGUUUGUUAUGGAAAUCAAAGCAAUACGGACAAUUUCAAGGCUGUCUUGUGUAAGUGACUUAUCAGAAACUGUUAUGAAGAUAUGCCCUGAAUUAAAACCAUCAGUAGUUAAAUUGCUGCAUCAUUUAGAAACUUUCGUGAAUUUGAUUGAUGGAAGUAGUGAUUAUGAGAAGGGAGAACUUAUUGAACUAAGAAUUGAAGAUGCAAUUGAAAAUUUCUGCAAAGAGGCUACCAAAAUUUUGCCAAUGCCAAAUUUAAUACCGGUUGUUGACUUCUGGGUACAGCAACAUACUGUGGACAUUAAAAGUCAGCCUUCAUCUGAAGAUUCAAAAAGCUCCCAAAAUAUUUCAUUAUUACAGAGGGUUUUAAAUUGUCUUAGUGUGGAGUAAGAGUGAACAUUUCAUGCUAUUGUUAUUAUGUGUUACUAUAUAUUGAAAAGGAAUUUUUUUAAAUACCACAUUAAUAUCUAGCACACUAAAAUGUUUUCAUAAUAUUUCAUUAUUACAGAGGGUUUUAAAUUGUCUUAGUGUGGAGUAAGAGUGAACAUUUCAUGCUAUUGUUAUUAUGUGUUACUA